AUGGCGAUAAGCCGGUCAUCAAAGAGUUGGAACGCGUUCAUGUUAGCAGCCGCAGAUGAUGACCAAACAAUUAACACUUUAGGUCCAGUAUUAGGUGUAACUCCACAUUUUACCGGCAUGACUGUGAUUGAACCAUCUACAAAGGCAGAUUUUCACAUAUGGGAAACCCAGGCAAAAUAUUAUAAGUAUGCUUUAAGUACACUCAUUAGUGGGUUGGUUGGAGCAACGUACCGAAUAGAACCUGAAUACAUCAUUGAAGGUGAAAAUGAUUAUUCACUCAUUUACAGUAGUAGAGUCAACAGUGAUAUGCUAUUUCUUGGACCAGCGGCAUUUUGCAAUCACUCAUGUAAUCCAAACUGUACCUUGAAAUGUAUUGUUAAAAAAGAAACUGGUGUAUUAGCAGUAAAAAACAUUAAAGCUAAUGAAGAAAUCACGGUAUUCUACGGACAAAAUUAUUUCGAAAACAAUAAUGAGCUGUUUGCAUCAAGCACUCACGCGUCUGAUACCGAUAUAACGUAUGCAACACCAGAAAGUGAAAUUGACAAUACGUUUUUCGGGCAACCGUCAGAGAACUGUAAUCACAAUAUGGUUGUCAAUGCUCAGAAAGCACCAGAUAGUAUGUUGUGCGAUACAGGCUUAGACGAGCAAUCGCCCCGCCAACAGAUCAUAACCUACAGGACCAACCGUCAGAGAACUGUAAUCACAAUAUGGUUGUCAAUGCUCAGAGUGAAAGCACCAGAUAGUAUGUUGUGCGAUACAGGCUUAGACGAGCAAUCACCGCUGCCACCAGAUCAUAAACUACAGGACCAACCGUCAGAGAACUGUUAUCACAAUGAUGUUGUCAAUGCUCAGAAAGCACCAGAUAGUAUGUUGUGCGAUACAAGCUUAGACGAGCAAUCACCGCUGCCAACAGAUCAUAACCUACAGGACCAAACGUCAGAGAACUGUAAUCACAAUAUGGUUGUCAAUGCUCAGAUAGCACCAGAUAGUAUGUUGUGCGAUACAGGCUUAGACGAGCAAUCGCCGCCGCCAACAGAUCAUAACCUACAGGACCAACCGUCAGAGAACUGUAAUCAUAAUAAGGUUGUCAAUGCUCAGGAACCUGACAGUACUAUGGAUGUUUUGUCCAGGAAAAAAAAAAAAAAUUGUCUGCACUGUAGUUCGUUCCACAGAAGAACCAUUGAAAUUAGUAUUCAACAGAAAAGAGGCCGAAAGUGAUUCAGAUUCGUCUGAAAUCAUUGGAGAUGAAUCAAGCGAUGAAUUCGAUAAUGACUGUAAGAAAGAUGAUGACGAUGAAGAUGAUGAC